AUGACCAGUCCGUCAAGUACGAUUCUUAUUGAAGAUGACGAACUACCCCUGAGCUGGCGGCCAACCGAUUCACAAGUCCAAAGAAGAUCUCCACGUACAUCUCUUGAGGUCCUGAUCGAACCAAACGACGCUGCGAGUGGUAGCAUAGAAUCAUCACGCAAACGCAAAAGGACCAAAGGAACACAUCGUGACACUCUGGAUACCUGUUUCAAGAAGCUGCGUAAGACGCUUGACGAAGAAGUUGGAUAUCGCGAUCAAGAACUCGAGAGGCUGCAAAAGCAAGUUCAGGAGAUUGAAAGCAAGCUUCUCCUACAGGAAGAGCGGCAUGAAGAGGAACUUCAGAGCAGAGCAGCAUAA